CCUGUUCCCGGAAGUGCAUCUGCUUGUCUCGGGCGCCAUGGCUUCAAGGUUACUUCGCGGAGCGGGCGCCCUGGCGGCCCAGGCCCUGCGGGCCCGCGGCCCCCUCGGCGCCGUCGCGACGCGCUCCGUCGCCACUGGAGGUGGUGUUCCUACCGAUGAGGAGCAGGCUACGGGGCUGGAGAGGGAGAUCAUGAUAGCCGCAGAGAAGGGACUGGAUCCGUACAAUAUGCUGCCCCCAAAGGCGGCUUCGGGCACCAAGGAAGAUCCUAAUUUAGUCCCGUCCAUCACCAACAAGCGAAUAGUGGGCUGCAUCUGUGAAGAGGACAACUGCACUGUCAUCUGGUUUUGGCUGCACAAAGGCGAGACCCAGCGAUGCCCAAGCUGUGGAACCCAUUAUAAGCUGGUGCCCCACCAGCUGGCCCACUGAGCCCCUCCGUUACCCUUUCAGAGUGUGAUAGGAAGCUUAUCUCUAAUAAAGACCAGCCAUUGUGUUGGCUCCUCCCAUA